CGUCGUCUCUGCGUCGUGACGUGUGCGUCAUUUCCAUGACAACCGCCGAGGCUUCGAGCGACAACAAGGACAGUGAAACAUGGACGACGACCCUAGCGCGGAAGAGACGGCGUUCGUUGUGGAUGAAGUGAGCAGCAUCGUGAAGGAGUCUCUGGAGGCAGUGAUCGGCAGACACCCGUAUGAACACAAGCGUGUGACCCAGUGGGUGUCCAGUGUGGAGGAGCAGUGCCUCGGUCAGCUCAGCAAACUCAACAAACCCUUCAAAUACAUCGUCACGUGUAUUAUAAUGCAGAAAAACGGUGCAGGACUGCAGUCGGCUUCGUCAUGUUUCUGGGACAAUACUACAGAUGGCAGCUGCACGGUCCGAUGGGAAAACAAACACUUGUACUGCAUCGUCAGUGUGUUCGGACUCGCCAUCUAGAGUCACAUCACACACAACCUUCAGUGUUCCUGCAUUAAACUCUCUGUACAAUAAAAGCUCAUGAAUACACCUCUUAAAAA